UAGGCGACUAAAGCCGCCGAUGCCGACCUCGCGACCAGCAGUUCACGCCUAGCACCCGAAGCUACACGGAGUCGGCUCUUCUUCACGGCGAAGAAGACGUGCGAGCACCGUCGUGUGACCCGGAGACGAACCGGAGGACGCAUCCAAGACGAGGAAGAAGAAAAAAGUGCACACUUAUGACCUUUCGGUGUAAUAAUAGUCGUGAUAGUGCAAAGUGGGAUGGUGAAUGUUAAAAACGCUGAUUGGAUUAUGGUUAAGAGCUUCUUCUGUAGUUGAUCGGUGAUGAAGAACCGAUCCAUCACCAGCCUGCUGCUGUCAGCAGCGCUGCUCUCCCUUACCGCAGCCCAGUGCCCUUGGCAGCGAGAAAUCCCAGAACUUCUCUCGGCCUGCAUCUGCUCCUACAACCUAGGACACGAACUAUCCGUACAAUGCGACAUCGUAAACUGGCAAACCCUCCUGGGCGCCUUGAACAAAUACGCGACAUCCACCCCUCUGGACCUUCUCUACGUAAACAACUCGACUGUUGGGGAACUCCGAAACAACAUCUUAGUCAACCUCCACGUGCAGAAUGUCCAGCUCUCCGGCUGCAGGAUAAAAAAAGUUCACGAUGACGCCUUCGCGGGGCAAGAGCGCACCCUGAAGAACCUCAACCUGCAGGACAACGAGCUCAACGAGGUGCCUGUGAACAGCCUCAGGAGACUGGCGACUCUAGCUCUGUUGGACCUCUCCCACAACAGAAUCAGUUCGGUGCCGGCGGGGGCGUUCGAGACCUUGGGGAAACUGGCCACCCUCAAACUCUCCGACAAUAACGUCACGCUCGAAGACGGGUCUUUGCGGGGCCUGGAGGGCUGCUUGAAGAACCUGAACCUCAAAGGUACGAAACAGAAGGAUGUACCGAAAGCAGUCCAGGGAAUGAGGACCCUCGCCUUUUUGGACCUGUCGCAGAACAGUUUGAGAGAACUGCCGGGGAAAAACGAGGACGCUACUUUCCAAGGGCUGAGCUCGUUGACUGCCUUGAACUUGGAGAGAAAUCUGAUCCAAACCCUCAAUGCCAAUGCGUUUGAGGGGGGGGUGAAGAAAACGUUAAGCUCGCUCAGUCUGCUGAAUAACCUGCUCCCGGACUUUCCCACGGCAGCUCUUAGUGCUCUGUCAGAACUCAGAGUACUGGACAUUGGUUUCAAUUUGUUGACUGAGCUGCCGGUCGACGCGUUUCGGGGGAAUCCCUCGAUUACCCUCCUAGCUCUGGAUGGUAAUCCCUUGGCGACCAUACCCUUCGAAGCGUUGUCGCAUCUGAAUAGCACUCUGAGGGGACUCAGUCUCGGAGGGAGGUUUAUGCAUUGCGACUGUCGAUUGGCGUGGGUUAUAAACUGGAUAAAAAACGGCGACCUGCAAGUAACGAGCAGAGAACGCAACCCCCAAUUCUGCGGGAGUCCCCCCAGAUUCCGCGAUCGAGGUUUCUACAGCAUCCAACCAGAGGAGUUGUCAUGUACGCAGAAAGAAACAUCGCCAUCCACUAGCACCUCCACCACCACAACAACCACUAUCGCCAGCGUGGAACCAGCCGCCGACGCCUCCAACAAGCAACCCGUCGGUGUCGCCACAGUAGUGAACGCAGAUCUGGACGACUUGGUGGCUCCUAACCAGAAACCAUCUACAACAACCAGAGUGCCGUCUUCCAAGAGUUCCACGGUGACCACUACAACAUCGGUAUCAUCCACAACGACUAAAGUGACUUCCACCAGCACGUCAACAACAGUCAAAGCAGCUACUACGAAGCCGAAAACGAAAGCAGCGCAACCAGCGUGGAAGAACAGUCAGAAACCAUCCAUGGUGAUUGGUUUUCCGCAGAGGAACAAGGCCGACGACACCAGGGAGGUGUUAGUGAGGAACGCCUUCAGGCAGGAUAAUUCGGUGAUUAUCCAGUGGGGAUCGGAGACGGCGAACAUCCUUGGAUUCAGGGUGGUGUACAGGCUUUUUGGAGACAAGAGUUUCAAGCAAGGGCCCCCGUUAGAAGCCAGCGAGAGGGAGUUCAAGAUCAAGAACGUGCCAUCGCAG